UGCGGCUCGCGGCGCGGUGAGUGUAGUUCUACCUAGCGGGAUCCACUUGGGGCCCUGGGUCUAAUCUGAGGGGGCCCCUGGGGCUGCGGGAUCGAGUCUCCGAGGGUAUUCUGCCCAGUGGUCCUCCUUGACCUGAACACAGUUGUCUGUCUGGACACAGCAAGCCAGGAGUGCAGCAAUGUUUUCUGAGCAGGCAGCCCAGCGGGCACACACUCUGCUGUCCCCACCCUCAGCUAACAAUGCCACCUUCGCCCGGGUGCCUGUAGCAGCUUACACCAAUGCCUCACAACCCUUUCGGCUUGGAGAACGAAGUUUUAGCCGGCAGUAUGCCCACAUUUAUGCCACCCGCCUCAUUCAGAUGAGGCCAUUCCUGGUGAGCCGGGCUCAGCAGCACUGGGGCAGUGGAGUUGGAGUGAAGAAGCUGUGUGAGCUGCAGCCUGGAGAGAAGUGCUGUGUGGUGGGCACCUUGUUCAAGGCCAUGCCGCUCCAGCCCUCCAUCCUGAGGGAGAUCAGUGAGGAGCACAACUUGCUACCCCAGCCUCCUCAGAGCAAAUAUAUCCACCCAGAUGACGAGCUGGUCUUGGAGGAUGAACUACAGCGUAUCAAACUGAAAGGCACCAUUGACGUUUCAAAGAUGGUCACAGGAAUAGUCCUGGCUGUGUUGGGUUGUGUGAGAGAUGAUGGGAAGUUUGAGGUAGAGGACCAUUGCUUUGCUGAUCUUGCACCACAGUCACCUGCACCUCCACUUGACACAGACAGGUUUGUGCUGCUGGUAUCCGGGCUGGGCCUCGGUGGAGGUGGUGGUGAGAGCCUGCUGGGCACCCAGCUGAUGGUUGACGUGGUGACAGGGCAGCUCGGGGAUGAAGGGGAACAAUGUAGUGCUGCCCAUGUCUCCCGGGUCAUCCUUGCCGGCAACCUCCUCAGCCACAGCACCCAGAGCAGAGAUUCCAUUAACAAGGCCAAGUACCUCACCAAAAAAACCCAGGCAGCCAGCGUGGAGGCGGUCAAAAUGCUAGAUGAGAUCCUCUUGCAGCUGAGUGCCUCGGUUCCUGUGGAUGUGAUGCCAGGGGAAUUUGAUCCAACCAACUACACACUCCCCCAACAGCCCCUGCACCCUUGCAUGCUCCCACUGGCCACUGCCUACUCCACCCUCCAGCUGGUCACCAACCCGUACCAGGCCACCAUUGAUGGAGUCAGGUUCCUGGGGACGUCAGGACAGAAUGUGAGUGACAUUUUCCGAUACAGCAGCAUGGAGGACCACUUGGAGAUCCUAGAGUGGACCUUGAGGGUCCGACACAUCAGCCCCACAGCACCCGACACCUUAGGCUGUUACCCCUUCUACAAAACCGACCCCUUCAUCUUUGCUGAGUGCCCUCACAUCUACUUCUGUGGCAACACUCCCAGAUUUGGCUCCAAAAUCAUCCAGGGCCCUGAGGACCAGUUGGUGCUCCUGGUGGCUGUUCCUGACUUUAGCACCACACAAACUGCCUGCCUGGUGAACCUGCGCAGCCUUGACUGCCAGCCCAUCAGCUUUUCCGGCUUUGGAGCAGAGGAUGAUGAACUGGGAGGCCUGGGGUUGGGCCCCUAACGGGAAACUGGACUAGGCUUCUGCCCUUCCAAAUAUGAGCCUUGUAAAUAAAGCAAAAAUGUUUGCUAGUCUUGAGCUUCUGAGUGUGCCUGGGAGGAGGCUAUCUGGAGAGUCCCCAGCGAGGAUGGCCUCCUCUCCUGGGACUGGUCACAACAGCAGAGGCCAGUUCCAUUAGCUUGUUUUAUUGGUGUGGCCUUGGCUUCCUUGCCUGCCCCUCCCCAAAGGCUAGCAGGCAGAAUAGGAGCCAUUGUACAGACUCUGGCUCUUGGGUCUGAUGGCCUUCGUGUCCCCUAGGGGUCCCUCCAGGGGGCCUUCCACAUGCUGGUGGCUGCUAUCUGCAGGUGUAGGCUUAGAAGUGCUGCUGUAGCUUGAACUGGGCCAGGGUAUCAGUGAGACUCUGAUCUCAGAUGUCCCCAAAAUUUACUGUGUAGGUCUCCUCUGUUGAGAAGGGGUAUGUGAGGCCAGUGCCUAUCUCU